CACCCAUGUUUAAUUGUCACCGGCCUCCAUUGCUCAUUAUAUGAAUAACAAACAAGGUUCAAUGAGUCUCAACAUAAAUAUUUUUAAUGGAAACUAUACUGAGACAAUUAUCCAGGUGUAAUUCCCUGUGUGACUGGGAUCCAAUUCAAUCAUCACUUAAUGAGCAGCAUGGAAAUCCCACCCACGUUGAUCUGUGCUUUGUAUUGAUUGGCUCAUCAUUUCCUUCAAUGCAACAGAAAAGAGAUAAAAACCUGAAAAUCCCAUCUGUGGGCGAGAAGAACGAGGACCAGUCUGCUGCUUACUCUGACCCUCGGCAUUUCUACUCUGAAGAUGAAUACAAUGUUAAAUGUAACAUCAGCACAUCCUGAGUUUCUGACCCUUGGAUUUGGGGAACUUAAUUCAACAAAAUAUAUUUUCAGUUUAUUAGUGUUUGUAGGCUUUUUGCUGACCAUCUUGUUGAACAGCCUCGUGGUCGCGGCCGUGGCCCUGCACCGGAGUUUACAGGAGCCCGUGUACAUGUUCAUCUGUGCAUUGUCUAUUAAUGGAAUAUAUGGAAGUAUUGCCUUCUACCCGGGUAUUUUUGUAACUUUACUGUAUCAAGUCCAAAAAAUCUCCUAUGGAGGUUGCUUGGCACAAGUCUUUUUUAUUCAUACCUAUGGAUGCUUUGAGUUGGCCACACUAGCGGGCAUGGCGAUUGACCGUUAUAUCUGUAUCUGCAACCCGCUGAGAUACAACAGCCUCAUGUCCCACGCUACAGUUUUCAAAAUAAUUGCAGUAGGUUGGCUGAAUUCCAUUACAGUUAUCGCCAUAAAUCUUGCAUUGACUUACAGACUUCCGCUGUGUGACACGGUCAUACUAAAGAUCUACUGUGACAACUGGUCCGUAGUCAGACUCUCUUGCAUUGAUACCACCGUGAACAAUAUUUUUGGAAAUUUUGUUUCCACCAGUGUCAUUUAUGUCCCUAUAUUAAUAAUCAUAUUCUCCUAUGUUGAGAUUCUAAGAGUUUGUGUCCAAUCUUCAAAAGAGGUCAUCUCCAAAGCGUUGCAGACCUGUAGCCCUCAACUGAUCAUUUCAAUCAACUUUGUGACUGGGGCCCUCUUUGAUAUAUUUCUCUACAGGUACAUGCCCACCAGCAUUCCAUAUCAGAUAAGGCUCUUCGUGUCAUUGGAGUUCCUUGUUAUAUCCCCCAUUCUUAAUUCUUUUAUUUAUGGGUUGAAAAUGAAGGAAAUGAGGUCAAGGAUAUUUAAGCUUCUUCAUUUGGAGACCAGUAAAGUUCAUGAAAUCCGCAAGUAGGAACAGAAGGAAUUGGCAAUUUACUCAUGUUUCAAGGAAUUAUAGGGAUGCAGUGAAUAACUAUUCCUAAUUUAGUUCCCCAAAGUAAACAUGGAAUGGAAUCUACCUGUCAGUAAAUGUUUACUUAGGGUAGAAAUGUGGAAUAUGUAGGAGGGUCACUCAUGUAUUGUAUGCAUGAGGUCAGGUGUUUAAAGGGAAAGGGAUUAAUCACAAUUAGUAUGUCGAAGGUAUAGCCUAAAUAAAUAUCCAGAGCCAUCAGGCCCAAGUAAAAACUUACAUCAGGGACAGUGACCCUGAGAAUUGGAUAUGAGCAGUUCUAGGGUUACAUACUAAUUUGAGGUGUUCUAUAAGCUCAGGAGUUCAAUGUUCCACCAAGGAUAGUGAGAGUGGUUAGUAUUUCCAUGAUACCCACCAACCAAAGAGUUCCAGGGUUAGGUAGGCCUUCUUGAAGAUAUACCCUGCAACUAAUGAAGAUAGCAUUGUGUGUUAAUACUGCAGUCAACUGUAGCUUUGAACCUGAAUGUAGCUUUGUAUUUGCCAAUUCCUAUUCUUCCAGUAUGUGCAAGGUCUCAGCUUUGAAGAUAUGGGCAUAGAAUGUAGCCCAUGUUCUGCUGGAGUAAGUGUAAUGCAGUGGUUCCCAGACUAGGGCUAUGAAUUGAAAGGAAUGGCAAUUUGCUCUCAAAGCACUCCAGGAGUAUACACCCGAGUCCAGCUUGCAGGAUGAUUAAGGUGAGAUAUGGGCUUUUGAUCCUGAAUGAUGAUAGCAGUUCAGUGCCAUAAAAGACACUAUGACUGUUAUUUUGUCUUCCUUCUAUAUAUUUCCUAUGAGCACCACUGGAACAUUCUAGAGAAACUUCAUGAUUUGUGUCCUAGGAGCUCUCAUGCGGGCUAAGAACUACCGCUAGGAGACUUUCUAUUUAUCUGGGCUGCGGUUUACUCAUCCUCAUUUUAUCUUUUGACUACUGAAUGGUGGGUCAAUGACAUGCAACUUUGGAAAGGUUCUCAAUCAUUUUGAUUCUAGAUUCAGCUAUGGUACCAUCCAAUAUCAUACGGACAGAUGAAUUGACUCCUGAUACUGAACCUACUGUGUGUGUGUGACUGUGAUAGGUACCUUAGAUUGUAAGCUCCACUGGGGCAGGACCUGAUGGGAAUGUGAUAGGGACCUUAGAUUGUGAGUUCACUGGGGCAGGGACUGAUGAAUAAUGCUUGCAAAGGGCUGAAGAACUGUGCCAGCACUAUAUGGAUAAUAUAAUAAACAAAUGAAUAAAAAUA